UAUUAACAUUCCAUCGUAUGCUAUAUUUAGAUACACCUUUUAAAAGGACGGCAGUUCACGUGACUGCCUUGUUUACGAGGUGACGUGUACCGGAGAUGCUAACCAGCACACUGCUAUUAGCUAAGAAAGACAGUAGCAGCAAGCAGUGUACGGACCUGUUCAUCUAACGUUACACCUUUACGUCUUCAAACCAAUGACAGAUAUGCGAGCGAGUGAGAAGUGAAGUGAUCCAGUAACCGCUCCCAUCAGCAGACAGCCAUGGCCACUCCUCAUGAUCUACACUUCCAAGAGUUUGAGCAAGCAGCAGAGCUGCUGUCUGCCGACCCGGGGGCCUCCACCCUCAGCGCGGCCGCCUCAAACACCGCCAGUACAGCCGCAGGAGGAGAGGAUGUAAGACUGGAAGUCUCAGAGGACGAGGAGGACCAGGAGGAGAGUUCGGAGCUGUUAGCAGGACAAAAAGCAGCCGGGAGCUUCUGGACCUUUGAGUACUAUCAGUCCUUCUUCAAUGUGGACACAGCGCAGGUACUGGACCGAGUUAAGGGGUCAGUGAUGCCGCUACCUGGAAGAAACUUUAUCAAAAACCACCUGAGGAGUAACCCCGAUCUAUACGGGCCAUUCUGGAUCUGUGUCACGCUGGUGUUCUCAGUGGUGAUCAGUGGGAACUUGUCCACCUUCCUCAGUGAGAUGGAAAACCCCUCCUAUCACUUCAGACCACAGUUCCACCGAGCAGUGACCAUAGCAGCAGUGGUGAUCUUCAUGUACGCCUGGCUGGUGCCGGUUGCUUUGUGGGGGUUUCUGACCUGGCGGCAGGGGGCCGAGAGGCAGAUCGGGGGCUACUCCUUUCUGGAGACGGUGUGUGUCUACGGCUACUCUCUCUUCAUCUAUAUCCCCACCUCGGUUUUGUGGAUCAUUCCGUUUGAGUGGUUGCGGUGGACACUGAUCCUGGUUGCCAUGGGGAUCUCGGGCUCCGUCCUGGUCCUCACCUUCUGGCCUGUUGUCCGCGGCGACACAAAGUUGAUGUCAGUGGCUACAGUGGUGACCAUAGUGGUUCUGCACACACUGCUGGCUGUCGGCUGUAAGAUGUACUUCUUCCACACAGCCAUCCAUGUACCGACAACAACCCCCUCACCCCACCCGCUUCACAUCUCAUUGACCACCACAUCCCACUGAUCCAUAGGAAGGAGGAAGAGAGGAGCAUGGUCUCUGCUGUGUUUGGAUGCAUAGGAAGAAGAACAGGGUUACGGCUGUUCAUUACUUGCCCAUAAACAGAUGGUACGAGUGUGUGUGUGUGUGUGUGUGUGUGCGUGUUUGUCUAAUUUAUCCUGAGGUGACUGAAGUAUUACCUGUCCGCUGCAAUAACUGUACAUCUUUACUGUGGUGUGGUGCAAGUUCAAAAGAAGACACUCAAUAUUACAUUGCUAUCUGGGAAAGAACCAAAUACAAUCAUUAAACCUCGCUGCGACCAUU